AUGUGCCACCAGACUCCGCUGCUGAGGGAAGGUGAUGAUCUGAGCGAGUUUCAAGUGAACACUUUAUGCAUGAGAUAUGGACUUGCGGCUGCACCAACACCGAACGAAAUUCCGCUGCUGAGGGAAGGUGAUGACCUGAGCGAGUUUCAAGUGAACGCUUUAUGCAUGAGAUAUGGACUUGCGACUGCACCAACACCGAACGAAAAUACUCUUCUCACAGCUACAUCAGCUGUUGUUCGUGAAGACCUUAAAUGCUAUGAGCCUAAUAAAAGGGUAUUCAAAAGAGACAUCGAGCGUGCGAAGGUUGAGGUGCAAAAGCAGUAUGAAGCAGCAUUGAAAGCCAUCCGCGACAGGAGAGGCGAACUUCUGGCUGCGAAGGCAUUACUAAGGGAAGGAGGUUUCACACGAUGA